AUGUGUGCGGUGCUCAACCUCACUGAUCCUGUGGUCUUCACACUCCUUGACGCCCGUGGUGUAGCUGUUUGCAAGACCUCACUGUCUGUACCUUCCGUGGUGGAAAAGGGCUUUCGUGAUGACAUGCUUCCAUGGAGCAACGGAGGCCAAGUGCAUGUCAAGUCCAACUUCAUGCUCAGUGAUGAGGAACGAGCCAAGAUUGCGGCUAUGCGUGCCAGGUCGAUGAGCAAGCGCAAGGAUGGCAGCAGCAGCGGCACAGUGACUCCCAUCGCCAGUGGCACCGUGACACCCCGCACUGUCAGUGCAGUGCUCGCCUCUCCUGUCGCUACCGCUGCUCCAGCAGGCUCCGAGGCAUCAACAGCGACCGCAACAGCAGCUGCGAGCACCACAGAAGUGACUGCUGCCACAACAACAACAACGACGACGACCACCACCACCGUCACUACCAGCACAACUGCGACAACAGAAACUGCUGCAGCUGGUACAGUCACAGCGUCUACAGCUACCAGUACCGUUUCAGCUGCUGUCCAGAAGGAAAGCGCGGCUGUGACUGCUGCUGGGGCUCCUGUGGAUAUGUCCAACGUAAUGCUGGUAUUUGAUGGUAGCGAUGACGAGUCUGGCUAUACCGAGUCGUCGCUAGAAGGGUCCGUCAGUGCGCAGGUCGCUCCUGCUGCCCCAGCAGCACCCGUUGCUUCAGCUGCUGUCCCUGCUGCUGCCUCGCCUGUGGUUACCGCUGCUGUCCCGGAUUCUGUCUCUGACGUUGCUGCUGCGUCGGUUUCUCAAGCUGCUCAGACGGUGCAGGUUCAGGGUCCUGACUCGAUUGCAACUGCAACAGUGGAGGUGGUGAAAGAGGUGCAGAAGGAGGUUCAGGUCACAUCAGCACAGCAAACGGCAUCAGCCACCACCACCAAGACUGACGUCACCAUCAUCAAGACCGCCACGCAGGUCGCCAGUGAAGCAACAACCAUGACAUCAGCAAAGGUCGCAUCAGUCUCAACCUCAACCAAGGCCGCCGCUUCGGCAGCAGCAGCAAACGCAGGGGCUUCCGUGCAGGCCGCUAUGAGCAGCACGACAGGCUGGGCGAGUGAGCAGUCGAGUGUGCGAGGAGGCGGUGGGGUUGCAGCUGACCUCAACGGCCGUGUUGGCAGCAGCAGCAAACAGCCAGCGAUGGCAGACAGUGAAGCCGCAGAGAGCAGUUCGGAGAGCGGGGAUGAGGUGGAGAGCAUGGAAGGGUCGUCAGUAUCGGGAACAACAGACAGGCGGGUGGUUAAGAGGGGCAGGGGGGCGUCCAGCAAGGGGCGGAAUCGCAACGGAGGGCUGCUGGGGCAGGUGUUGCGGGUUGGCGACGGGCUCACGCCAGUGAUGAAGCAGGUGCUAGGGACGGGCGCGUUCAUGCUGGCUAUGGUUGCACUCUGGCCGCGCCCACAGAAGCAGAGCCGAGUCAAGCUGGAAACUGAUGCUGAUGGCAAGGUGUGGGUGGUGAAGCCAGGCGAAACCCUCAGCUCUAUCCUCCCACGCGAAGUCUACUGCAAUCCCUCCUCAAAGUUCUUCGAGCUCAACCCAGAGGUCUGCGACAUCAACAGAAUCUACUCCGGCCAGCGCCUCGUCCUCCCGUAA